AUGGCAAACCGCUAUUCAACCCACUUCCGCCAAUCUUCCGUCGGUCCGGGUUUUCAACUCGCCUUCGGAGGAGUAGGUGGAGCCGGGGCACAACAACCCCAGCUGAUAAGCCGUAUCAAUGAAAAGAAAAUCGAGCUGGAAAAUCUAAAGCAGUUACGCGAUUUGUCUGCAAACCUGGCAAAGCAGCUGAGAGAGCUUGAAGCAAAACUUGGGACGCUGUCAGACGGAAGUGAAGUGGUAGCUACGGUCCUAGCAAACUGGCAUAAUGUGCUGAGAGCCAUAAGUUUAGCUUCAGCCCAUCUGCAGCAACCUCCCAAGCAACCCGAAGAAACGGAUAUGGACGAAGAUAAGAUGGACGAAGGCGACGAAGAAACCCAAGGAAAGCAAGUUUACCCUGAAAUGCUUGUUAGAAUACCUACGCAACUACACGACGACCAGCAGGCCGCUGAAGCGGAACCGGAGUAUCGAUAA